UGAUUUGCAGGCUGUGCAUGCUUACUGAUUAUGUAUUAAUGAGUUAACAAGCUGUCCAGGUGGCACAAAUUGCUUUCUGUUUGGCUUUAAAAGUCCUGGUUUGGGUGGAACUAUAUGUAUAGUUAGUUUGACUGUCAGGAGGUUAAGUGAGUGGUAAAGCAUGGACGUGAUUAAAUUGACUUUUUUGGUGUUUCUUUAUCAGCAGUUGCUAUGGCAAGGAAAUGUCUGGAGUCAGGCUGCGAACACCACCGUCAGCACGACGCCUCUGGAGGACCGCCCUGUAGCUAACAGCACCACCACCCUGGCGUCUCUGGAGGACCGCCCUGUAGCUAACAGCACCACCACCCUGGCGUCUCUGGAGGACAGCCCUGUAGCUAACAGCACCACCACCCUGGCGUCUCUGGAGGACCGCCCUGUAGCUAACAGCACCACCACCCUGGCGUCUCUGGAGGACCGCCCUGUAGCUAACAGCACCACCACCCUGGCGUCUCUGGAGGACCGCCCUGUAGCUAACAGCACCACCACCCUGGCGUCUCUGGAGGACAGCCCUGUAGCUAACAGCACCACCACCCUGGCGUCUCUGGAGGACAGCCCUGUAGCUAACAGCACCACCACCCUGGCGUCUCUGGAGGACCGCCCUGUAGCUAACAGCACCACCACCCUGGCGCCUCUGGAGGACCGCCCUGUAGCUAACAGCACCACCACCCUGGCGUCUCUGGAGGACAGCCCUGUAGCUAACAGCACCACCACCCUGGCGUCUCUGGAGGACCGCCCUGUAGCUAACAGCACCACCACCCUGGCGCCUCUGGAGGACCGCCCUGUAGCUAACAGCACCACCACCCUGGCAUCUCUGGAGGACCGCCCUGUAGCUAACCGCACCACCACCCUGGCGUCUCUGGAGGACAGCCCUGUAGCUAACAGCACCACCACCCUGGCGUCUCUGGAGGACAGCCCUGUAGCUAACAGCAUCACCACCCUGGCAUCUCUGGAGGACCGCCCUGUAGCUAACAGCACCACCACCCUGGCGUCUCUGGAGGACAGCCCUGUAGCUAACAGCACCACGAGCUGGCUUCAAACGUUGCCUUGAGUCCUGUUGAAUGCGUUCCAGGUGCUGUGUAGUUGCAUUGUCAACAUU